AUGCCCGUUAUUUUCUUUCGUCUUCCAUCCUUCGGGUCGUCGGUGUUGUUCUGCAGCAGAGACAUUUCUCUUCCAUUUUCUCUCUUUCUCGCUCCAGCCAUGCCUUCGGAUCAUAAAUAAUCCCGAAACAAACGAAAACAACUGAGACACCAAAAGCGUUUUAGAAAAACGAGGUCUCAAUCAUUCUUCUGUUCUCUUUUCAUACCCCUUUUUUUUAAAAAAAAAAAAAAAAAAAAUUCAUACAGAGAAUACGUAGUUGAUUGGUUUUAUGUUUCUGUUUAUUUCCGAAUUAUAAAGCUUCUCGGGGCCAGGGUUUCGAUAAAUUACUCUAUGUUUCUCAUGUUCUACUGUCGGAGAUGAUGGCUGUCUCGUAUAGCGAGGGGGAAGAGGAGUCGUGGUCGUCGUGAUCGGGCGGUGCAGGUGGAGGAGGGGAGCUGCGUUGGAAGCGACGCUGUGUGCCUUUCUGAGAUGGACUGCCGAGUAUGCAUGGCGGCCGGGGAUUGGCUGAUGAGGGGCGGUGCUGGAGGCGGCGUGAGUCCGAUCGGAGGAGCGUUCAGUCACGAGAGCGAGCACGAUUUGGCUCUCAUGGUUAGUGAUUUCUUGGAGAAUGGGAGUGUUGGAGCAGAGUCUUGGUGUAGCAGUGACAGUGAUUCCGCUCUACCCGAUCUCGCUCACCUUGCCGAGAAGAUUCCGUUUUGCAAGAUCUCCGUGGCUCAGUAUGAGAGUGACUUGCUGUCAGUGGUUAAUUCUCUUAUAUUAUCCAUUCAUGAGACCGAGCUUCACUUUGUCAAGUCGGGUGCAUGUAAUGGCAGCUGCAUCAGGUUUUCUCUGGUUAAGCUUCUGAGACGUUCUGGUUAUGAUGCUGCUGUAUGUGCAACUAAAUGGCAGGGUAGUGGCAAGGUCCCCGGUGGGGAUCAUGAGUACAUUGAUGUGGUCAACUACAACGGCACUGGAAACUCUAAACGAUUGAUCAUCGAUAUCGAUUUCCGAAGUCACUUUGAAAUAGCUAGAGCUGUUGAGUCAUAUGAUAGAAUAUUGAAUUCCCUUCCAGUCAUUUAUGUGGGCUCCUUGAGCCGGCUGGAACAGUUUCUCCAGAUUAUGGUUGAAGCAGCUAAAUCCUCUCUCAAGCAGAAUUCAAUGCCACUUCCUCCAUGGAGAUCCCUGGCAUAUCUGCAGGCUAAGUGGCAGUCGCCGUGCCAGAGAAAGUUCAAUCUGGAUAAACAGAGUAUUGGCAGGACUAAUCUUGUAGACCAUAAGCAAUGCAGGGAACAUUUGAAGAGGCUGCAGUAUUUGCUUCAAUCGGAAAUGGAAGUGGAGCGACUAUUGAAGCCCAUUAACGGUGAUAAUAACUGGAGGCUGAAGCCCGAGAGGCGGAGGCACUCUUUCUUCAGGACUGCUUAAUCUGAUAUACAUAGUUGCCUGGUUGGGUUGUGCCUUUGAGAUGAGAGUUUAUUUCAAGAGAACAAUUGUGUUGCGGCUUUCAAUUUACACGUCUUUUCUCCACUCAUUCUAAACAAGUGCGAGCCUGAACAGAAGGCAGUGCUGGGCAUUGGUCAGGUUCACAUAGUCAUGGACGGUGAUAGCAAUAAACCAUAUCCUGGUGGAGACAUUCAUUUUUAUCGAUCAUGGUGCGAAACCCAACGGCAUAGAAGUUUUGGAACGGGUGCUUGUUUUCUCGGCUUUUAUUUUUGUUUAUUUUUUAAAUUUUCCCGGGUGUAUAGCUCGCCUCUUAUUUUUGUAGGCCUAGGAAAUUCUGUUAUCGUAUAUUGUUUUUUUUUUUUUUUUUUCCUUCUAUAGCUUUGUAUU